AUGUCCCCCCUCCGUUCGCCUGUCGCCCACCCCAAUUUUGGAGACAAAUGCCAGCGCCAGGCUACGGAACGCCUUUCGCUCGACAUUUCGCCUGCCCCGAGUGCAAAGGAGCGGCGGGUCGGCGGGUGGGCGGUGGCCGCGCGUUCAGGGGGCUGUACCAGGGUGGCGCCAGGCCUGGUCUAUAUAACGCAGGUUUCCUACCCACACCUGUCCCCGAGGGAGCGCCCCUGUGCCAUCGCCUUUGCCUUCCAGCCGCGGCUUCCCUCGCCUACCAAUCUGGCCGGUUUCUCCUUCUUCUCGGGCAUGUGCACCAUGACAUCCGACUCCCUCCCCAAUCCAAGCUCCCCCAAUUUGCACAGGGCCUCCCCGUCGGGCUGCAAGGUGGAGCCGCUGCUGAUCAAGGCGGAGCCCAGGGCCAGCCCGCCGGAGAGAGGAGGGGAGCAGCUUGCGGAGGAGCAGCCGCCCUGCCCCGGUGCAGGGGGCGGCGGCGGCCGUCGGAGGAAGCGUCCGGUGCAGCGCGGCAAGCCGCCCUAUUCGUACAUCGCGCUGAUCGCCAUGGCCAUCGCCAACGCGCCCGAGCGCCGCCUGACGCUGGGCGGCAUCUACAAGUUCAUCACCGAGCGCUUCCCCUUCUACCGAGAGAACCCCAAGAAGUGGCAGAACUCCAUCCGCCACAACCUGACGCUCAACGACUGCUUCGUCAAGAUCCCCCGCGAGCCGGGCCACCCGGGCAAGGGCAACUACUGGACGCUGGACCCGGCCGCCGAGGACAUGUUCGACAACGGCAGCUUCCUGCGCCGGAGGAAGCGCUUCAAGCGCACCGACCUCACCACCUACCCGGGCUACGUGCACAGCGCCAGCGCCUUCACCCCCAGCCCCGGCCCGGGAGUCGCCCGGCCGGGCCCGUGCAACGGCCCCGGCGGCGUCGGCUACGCGGUCAGCGGAGGCCCCGUCUAUUCCCCCGGCGGCGCGGCUUACGGCGCGCAGCUGGCCGGCCUGCCCCAGUACCCGGGGACGGCGCCCGCGCUGCCGCCGCGAAUGUUCAGCAUCGACAGCCUGAUCAGCUCCCAGCAGCAGCAACAGCAGCAGCAGCAGCAGGCCGCGUCCCUGCAGGCCUCCCCGGUGGGGGCAGAACUGGCGCAUCACCCCCUGGGCCUGAACGGCGCCGGCGAACUAGGCAGUUGCCCCGUGGGUAGCCCGGAGGCCUGUUUCCAGCCGCAGCAGGUUGGCUCCGGCUUGCUAGGCCGACAGCCCCCGGCCAUGCCGUACCCGUACUCGGCCUCCCCUCCAGGCCACUUAGCGGUGCCGCAAGGCGCCUAUUCCCCGCCCAACGCGCAGCUCUACGGCGCCCCCAACAGGCUGGCCCUGCAGCCCGGGCGGCCCGCCUCUUCCUGCGCCGACCACGCCGAGCAGCUGCUGCAACUCAACGGCCUGGGACAGUUCGGAGGCCCCGCCAACAGCUCUUACAUGAGGCAGGCCAAUUUCUCCUCCGGACUCGAAAGAUAUUUAUGA